CAGGCACGAACAUAUCGACAGGCGAAGAGGUUGCUAUAAAGCUAGAAUGCAUCAAAACAAAACAUCCUCAGUUACACAUAGAGUCAAAAUUUUAUAAGAUGAUGGCUGGUGGAGUAGGCAUCCCAGGAAUCAAGUGGUGCGGGUCGGAAGGUGAUUACAAUGUAAUGGUAAUGGAGUUAUUAGGACCAUCGUUAGAGGACCUCUUCAACUUCUGUUCUAGGAAAUUCUCACUAAAGACAGUUUUGCUUUUGGCAGAUCAGCUUAUAACAAGGAUAGAAUACAUCCAUAGCAAGAAUUUCAUCCACCGAGACAUAAAGCCAGACAACUUUCUAAUGGGCUUGGGCAAGAAGGGGAACCUUGUUUAUAUCAUAGAUUUUGGACUAGCAAAAAAGUACAGAGAUUCACGCACACAUCAACACAUACCAUAUCGGGAAAACAAAAAUUUAACUGGCACAGCUCGGUAUGCCUCAGUCAACACUCACCUUGGAAUUGAGCAGAGCAGAAGGGAUGACUUGGAAAGUCUAGGGUAUGUUUUGAUGUACUUCAACAGAGGCUCUCUACCGUGGCAAGGCCUCAAAGCAGCAACAAAACGACAAAAAUAUGAAAGGAUCAGUGAAAAAAAGAUGCAGACGCCCAUUGAGGAACUCUGCAAAGGAUUUCCUAAUGAAUUUGCAACGUACCUGAAUUUCUGCCGGUCUCUGAGGUUUGAAGAAAAGCCAGACUACAGUUACCUAAGGCAGCUCUUCCGCCAGCUCUUCCAUCGUCAGGGUUUUACAUAUGAUUAUGUCUUUGACUGGAAUAUGCUCAAAUUUGGCGGAUCUCGAAAUCAAGAAAAUGAGGUUGAACGAAGAGAUCGUCAGAGCAGCAGACCUCAAGCUACAGGCGCUACAUCUCGGAUGCGACACGACACAACCGUCGGGGGUGUUUUGCCCUCCCCAACAGCGGGUGUUGGAAGGUUGCGAUCAGGUAGUGAGAGCGAACAACGUGUUAGUAUGAGAGUGCAUCGUUCAGGGACUUCCAAUGCCCAAACGCCUGAGCUUUCUCGCCCUGCUGAUCGUUGCGUAGAGGAAUGGGCAAACAGUGUUAGUCCUCCUGUCUCUGGAGGUGUGAUUCGUCGAGGGUCUGCAGGCAAGGAGGGAACCUUUCGUUAUCCAGCAAAAAAAUGAGGAUGAGAUUGAAAACCUAGCUGGAUUGAAGUGAUAUAAAGCAGUGUUCUACAUAAUACAGUAGAAAGCUGUUGCUUUAUAGUGGUAUAUCCCACAACUUUAGGACUGAAAGAAACAUGUGAUGGGCUUUCAUGUGCAGCAAAUAGUUGUAUUGACACUUACUCAUGGAGUGCAAGUGACGUGUUAGUCAGCUGUGAAAACUUUUUAUGAGUCUGCAAAGCUCAAGCUAAUUUGCAGACAGGUAAACUCUAUAGGAUGUGGUGAGACAAUGUAGACUGGAAGCCAGGGCCUUAAUAAAUAGUAUUUAUGGAAUUCUCUAAUACUGUAUAAACUCCACUUGAGAUUUUAAUGGCAACAAGAUGCAUUGAAUGCACAUUUUUUUUAGUUAUUAGCAGUGAUUGUAAUUGAAUAUAAAUAUCAAAGGGAUCAACAGUUUGUAUUGUCCUUGAUGUGAUUUGUUAUUUUGCUUGUUUUAACACAAAUGGACAUUUAACUGUUCUUUUAUGCCUACUUUAGUGGACAUAUGUUACUAAGUUGUAUUUCAUCAGUACUAUUGAUCUCAUUGCCUGCAGGUUUUAUGGGGGCAUCUUUUAUAGUAAAAAUAUUGUGUUGACUUUUGAAAUAAUCAGACCUCAUUGACAGUAUACAUUUGAUUUUAAAAGAAUAGGAUGAAGAAAGAUCAAUCAAAAGUUUGAACAUUUUAGCUUUCAGUUUAAUAAAAAAGCAAUUAGUUACAUGUGUCGGUGGAAAAUGUAAACAGUGAUGAAAGUAAAGUCUCUUUAUUUGUGAUGGAAGUGAUAGGCAUAGGAGUUGGAGAAAAUAAUCAUUUGAAAUGGCUCAGAGCAAAAAUAAACUUUUUUUUCUGCUUUCUGUCAUAGAUUUUCAUUACAGCAUAUCAUUGCCAUUUUGAUAACUGUAAAGUAAUGAUAAAAAGUUUCUGCUUGAGGAGCAAGUCUUUUUUAAUAUGAUAAGUGCUUUAGGCAGUGAGUAGGGGAUGUGACCUUGUGAUGUUCAGCAUCCUGUUUUCUCAUUAUGAUUUUCUAGCUAUCAUUUAAGACUCAUAUGUAAACUUUCCUGUAGAAAGCAACUAUGUAUGGCAAAUUUUAAUGCCUAAAAGGGUAGAAGUGAUUCUUGAUCACUGACAAUACUCUGACUUGGAGAGAAGGUGAUUGGCUUACUGUUGAACUACAAAAUAGCCAUAUAUCACUCACUUAAAACCAUCUGUGCAUUUUAUCAUUUUUAUCAGAAAAAAAUAGAAAUUUAUAGUCCUGCAUUUUUCUUUUUUCUCCAUAUUGGCUAUUUUGGGCAGUACACAAAAUUUCCACAACAACUUGUGGAAUACCUUUCUAUCAUGUCCAGAGUUGAGAUAUUUUAUUUAUUGUAUAUGUAUAUCAUUUGCACAUUCUUUAUUAUGAGAACAAGAUCUUUCUUGAUAUCCAAUUAUUGAUAACGGAAAUACAAAAAUGAAAGGAAAAUGAAUUGCAACCACCUUUGAAAAUAAUAAAUAAACCUUUAUUAAUUCACAUGCCUAAAAUUCAAAAUUAGCCCCAAAUCAGUCUGUCAGUAGGGAGAAACUGGAUGCAUUUAUUUGCUGAAUGUUUUUUAGUAUUUGAUUUUUUUCCCUUCCAGUAUGCAUUUUGAUUAAUUAAAAGCAGAAAGAAGAAGUGAUGAUGCCUUGAGAUCAUAGACAACUCAAAGAGAAACUUAGAUAAGAAAUAGUUGAGCUUUUGUGAGAUUUAAAAUGUCUGAUUAUAGUGAGAACACAACUCAUCUUUGAACAUAUUCAGCUCAGCCAUCUUCUUGAUUACUUAUCAUUAUCAUUGUAUUUACCAUCAUUCAUAUCUAAAUCAAUUGAGUAAUGAUAUGUGUUCUGUGUGCUUUAUGUAUGUUGUAAGUAUUUCAAAAGAGUUACUGUGAGAUUGUUUAUGCUUAUCAGUCAGACUGUAUGAUAUUUGUGAAGUUCAGAUGUGUUAGUAUGAAAGACAUUUAGAGAAUUGUUGUUUUCAAGAGAAACAUAAUGCAAUAUUUUUGUUUGUAUGUUUUAUUAUGUCCAAAUAUACACACACACACACACCUGUAUCUGUGCACACAUAAGCACAUAUACAUCCAUAUAUGCAUGUGCUCAUUUUCUUAUCUUUUUCUUCUCUCUCUCUUCUGUUUUCUCCUCUCAUCUCCUCUCCUCUCCCCUUCUCGCCUCUCUUCCCUUCUCUUCUCUUUCUUCUCUCUUCUCUUCCUCUCGUCUCCUUCCCUCCCCUCCCCUAUCCUCUCCUCUCCUCUCCUCUCCUCUCUCUGCUCCCCAUACUCCUUGUCAUUUCAUCUCAUUAGCUUACCUCAUGUCUCUCUUCUCUCUUCUUUUCUUGGCUCCCCUCUCUAAAUUUCUGCUCUCAUUUCUCCUCUAAUCAUUCAACUAUAUAUAUAUAGACUUUGCAAGCCUUCUUUUUUAUUCUUUUGGUCAUUAUUUAUCAAUGUACAGACAUUUUUCUUUCCUGUCUUUUUUAAGGUGAGUGAAAAUACUUGAAAAAAAUCUAUACUUUUAUAUCUUAUAAAACAAAGCACAGUUACUAGUUUUAAGCUGACUGGAUGACAGGCGAUGCUGCUUUGAAAAGUUUCUUUUGUACAAUUGCAAUAUAGAUGUUAUGGUGGGCCUGUAUGGUCUGAAAUUAUCUUAUAGAUAUAUGAUCAUUGGGUACAGUUCCUCCUCUUGAUUAGGAAUAAAUCACUGAUAUGAAUUACACAUUUCUCAUCAUUUGAUAACUGAGACAGGUCUUUGUAAGAAAAUUUAUUUUAUCUUUAUUUUAUUUUCCUUUCAUUUUCAAAGGUAUGUUUUUGACCUUGCAAAUGUUAUUUUAUGUCUGAAGCUUUCUGAUUUCUGUAAUAAGUUAAAUCAGUUUUGAUAUUCAUGAGGAUGGUUUGUACUACAAUAGCACUAGUGAAAUCAAAAUUCACCUUAUGUUUCUUAAAUUGGAGUGUCUGUAAUAAAUUUAAGCCAUAGGAAGUACAUAUACCAAUUAUGGUGUGGAGUAUGUUUAAAUGAUGCUAGUGCUAAUGGAGAUUUCUGUAUAUUUGUAUUUUUGUGUAGACAAAUUUUCUUCAGGCUCUUUAGAUACCAACUAGCUGUUCUUUCACUUUAGACAGCAAUUGGAAGCUUUAGUGCUGAAGGAGAAGUUUAAGCUUUUAAGAAGACAAAUAUGCCACCAACCUUCAUAGCACUCCCUCAUCUUCCUCAUAAGUAUUUCAGGGACAUGAUGCAUAUUUAAUUACACAUUGAUAUUUUGCCUUGCUCAUAUGCCCUGCUCAUUGCAUACAACAACAAAUACUAGAUGGUAAUGACAAUAAAUUUCUGUAAGUGAAAUGGAAGAAAUAACACCAA